AUGAAACCUGUUCGGCCGCCCGGCAACGCACUGGGAGAACCUUGCCAGAUCCCCAGCCCGGCCUACGUGCCGGCUGAAGCCACCACCACCACCACGACACACGGGGCUGAUGCUGCUUGCCGUACAACAUGGCGGCUGGUGGGGGCAGACCGGUGUAAACCGACCCCAGGACUACCACAAGACCCCAGAACAACCAACCACCUACCACAAGACCCCGGGACUACCACAAGACCCCAGGACUACCACAAGACCCCAGAACAACCAACCACCUACCACAAGACCCCAGAACAACCAACCACCUACCACAAGACCCCAGAACAACCAACCACCUACCACAAGACCCCAGGACUACCAACACCUACCACAAGACCCCAGAACAACCAACCACCUACCACAAGACCCCAGAACAACCAACCACCUACCACAAGACCCCAGGACUACCAACACCUACCACAAGACCCCAGAACAACCAACCACCUACCACAAGACCCCAGGACUACCAACACCUACCACAAGACCCCAGAACAACCAACCACCUACCACAAGACCCCAGUACAACCUCAAGACCCCAGGACAACACUACCACAAGACCCCAAGUCUACUACCAACACCUACCUUGACACCAACCACUACCAGUACCUUAAGACCAACCACCUACCACAAGACCCCAAGUCUACUACCAACACCUACCUUGACACCAACCACUACCAGUACCUUAAGACCAACCACCUACCACAAGACCCCAGUACUACCAACAACUACCACAAGACCCCAGGACUACCAACUACCACAAGACCCCAGGACUACCAACAUCUACCUUGA